AUGUUUCUAGUGAGAAAUAAAACGUCUGACGGUUCUUUCUCUAGCAAAAACGACGAAGUGUACCACGCUAAUUUUUCUACUUUACCGUGUAAAAAAGGGGUGAGGAAAAAUGUGUAUAACGGCGUCUUACGCGGUACCGGGGACAAAAAAGGGGACAAGGUUUUGGUGAAGGCUUUUAAGAGCAAAGAGACAACAGAAGAACUGUGUACUAAAGAACUCGAGCGAUACAAGCAGGCGAAAUCACUGGGCAGGACUUUCAACAAGCUGGUACCCAGUCCCAGCAACAAAGUGGAAUUCAAUGUACUGUUGGCCGUUCCCGUGGAAAAGGUGGCUUUUACGAACUGUGUGAGAAGAAGCAAAAAUAAAGUGACGGCGAAAGAGUGGGUUAUCAUUGAGGAAAAUCUUGGAAUGGAUUUUAAAGAUUUCAUUCAAAAGGAUGGAACAUCUGUUCUGAUAGAUCCGACGAGUUUGGAUGCAUUUGUUCAUUAUUCUUACCACAAGAGCGGAGGGAAGUUAGUCAUCGUUGGACUCAGAGGGGUGGAGUCAGAGACGGACAAUGGAUACAAACUUACGUGUCCUGUAAUUCACUCGUACGCACAGACAUUUGGAGAUACGGACCGUGGGGAAGAAGGGAUUCGAAAAGCGUUCGAACAUCACAGGUGUACGAACAUGUGUUACGCUAUGGACCGACCCCAGGUGAAAUUAUCAGACAAUUUAAAAGCAAAUGAAACAUGA